AUGCGGUUUGUGUUUGUGAUGGAUGAAAGUGUCAUGCAGGGAGAGAGAAAGAGAGAGAGAGAGCAUAUUUGACACAUCAGUGUUGACAAAACAAGUCAUGUGACGACCAUGAAGAUGGCGCAGCUUAUGGUAUAUUGCAGUUUCCCCAGCAUUUUCUUGCACCCACUCGACAGCUCGGACCGCUGAACAAUAUCGCGACCUAUUACGCGCUAAUUACCGAACGAUCCUGCCCGUUCCCGCUGGCUGAGCAGCCCAUUGUGGAUCAGGGGGGACCUGAGCGCGACUGGUUGAGGGAGGAGGAGGAGAGAGAUAGAGAGAGAGAAAAAAAAACAAGGAACAGCAACACGGAGAAAUUAAAUAAAUAAGCUUCGAGGAAAGGAGAGGAAACAUCCCCCGUUUCCAUUUGAAAUGCGGCUGCAAUAACACCUUUUGUGGACACCAGAAAACCGCUCUCUGUGCGCGCGGGUGCGUGAGCUCCGGCGUUUUUAGUGCGUGUGUGUGUGUAUGUGUGUGUGCGCGCGCGUUACAUUAGGUGGACACGGAGACUGCAUCAGACUGAGAUACACACGCCGGGACAUAAUAGAGCAGAGAUACUGAGGCUUUGAUGGUCCUUCCUCCCCCUCUUCCUUUGCACACACAAGCGUCAGGAUACUGAUUCCGGUCGAGACAUGUAGUCCCAUGUAUGAGCAGCCAGGAUCGUUUUAUAGCUCUCAUUUUACAGCAGCAUCAUCUCCAGAUCUCGACAUAAUGUGGCUUGCUCUACCGGAGGGAAAAUAACCAAAUAUGUGGAUACCUACAGAAGAGGAGAAAAUCGGAGUUGUGAUCUGCAACUUCCGGUCAUCAAUAUGUCAGGCGCUGAUCCUGGAGAUCGGGGAAACUGUACAGAUUCUGGAGAAGAGCGAAGGUUGGUACAGAGGCUUUUCCACAAAGAAGCCUUCUAUCAAGGGUAUUUUCCCAGUCAGCUAUGUCCACUUGAAGAAAUCUACAGUGACAAACAGAGGGCUGUGCGAGACGGUGGUGCCCCUGGAGGACCCUAUCAUCACAGAGACCACCUCCACGCUGCAGGAAUGGGGGGUGUUGUGGAAGCAGCUCUAUGUGAAACACAAGGUGGAUCUGUUCCAUAAACUUCGCCACGUGAUGAAUGAGCUUAUUGACCUGCGUCGGCAGCUGAUCCAGGGUCACCUCGCCCAGGACCAGACUCGCGAGAUCAAGCGACACAUCACUGUGCGACUCGACUGGGGCAACGAGCACCUCGGCCUCGACCUUGUUCCCAGGAAAGAGUUUGAGAUGGUGGAACCGGAUCAGAUCAGCGUAUCAGAGCUAUAUAAACUGCAUGUAUCCAGCAGACACUGUGGUCAGCAAAGCACAAAUCAGGGUGAUAGCACGAGACAGCGUCAUGGUGACGGUUGCCGUGUCCCUGUGUCGCACCACCUUUUCAUCAAUCUGAAGAGUUUUACUUAUAACAGCAUCAGCGAGGAUGCGGAUGUCUUCUUUUCCCUGUACGACACUCGCGAGGCCAAACAGAUCAGUGAGAAGUUCAUGGUGAAACUGAACAAAAACGGAGGACCAAAGAAUCCAGAAAAGGUUGAUCGUCUGUGUGCUCUCUUCACGGAUUUAAGCAGUAAAGACUUGAAGAGAGACCUCUACAUUGUUGCACAUGUCAUAAGAACUGGUCGUAUGCUGCUGAACGACUCCAAAAAAGGCCCACCUCAUGUGCAGUACAGACGACCCUACGGCUGCGCUGUGCUCGCCAUGAGCGAUGUUUUCCACACCAUCACAGACCUCAAAGAGGAGAAGGACUUUGUGCUCAAAGUUUAUACAUGUAACAAUGAGAACGAGUGGUACCAGGUACACGAGAACAUCAUCCGCAAGUCCAACACCAAGUACUCAGCCCCCAGCACCAACUAUGGCCUCAUCAUUUCCCUGCAGCUGCUGCGAGGUGAGCUGGAGCAGAUCAGACGGGAGAACCAGGCUGUGUUCAACAGGGCCUUGGCACUCACACGCAAACUGGGUUUCCCAGAUGUCAUCCUGCCAGGUGACACACGCAAUGACCUGUACCUCACCCUGGAGCGGGGGGAGUUUGAGAGGGGUGGCAAGAGCGUCCAGAAGAACAUCGAAGUGACGCUCUAUGUCCUCUACGCAGACGGGGACACACUCAAAGACUGCAUCAGUUUGGGCAGCGGGGAGCCCAACUCCUCUGAAUAUCGCUCUUUUGUCCUGUACCACAACAACAGCCCCCGCUGGAGUGAGAUGGUCAAGCUGCCCAUUCCCAUAGAUCGUUUCCGAGGGUCCCACCUGCGCUUCGAGUUCAGACACUGCUCCACUAAAGACAAAGGGGAGAAAAAACUGUUUGGCUUCGCCUUCACUCCUCUGAUGAGAGAAGAUGGGACCACGCUGUCGGAUGAGAGCCACGAGUUGUAUGUGUACAAGUGCGACGAGAAUGCCACCUUCAGUAACCAGGGCCUAUACCUGAGCCUGCCCUGCUGCAAGGAGGACUUCAACAGCUGCCCCAACCUGCCUGUCAACCUGCCCUUCCAGAGAAGCCCCAAAGAAACCUUCUGGGUGUCCACGAUACUCUGCUCCACGAAACUCACGCAGAAUGUGGAUCUACUGGCUCUUCUGAACUGGAAGGCUCACCCAGACAGGGUGUUGGACAUCCUCGGACGACUACGCCAGAUCAGCGGAGAGGAGAUUGUCAAGUUCUUGCGAGAUGUCCUGGAUACGCUCUUCUGUCUUUUAGAUGACAACACUGAUAAAUACGGACCUCUGGUUUUCCAGUCUCUGGUGUUCAUCAUUAACUUGCUCAGGGACAGUCGUUUCUACCACUUCAGACCUGUCAUGGAUUCCUACAUCCAAAACCACUUUGCCGGAGCUCUGGCGUACAAGGAGCUGAUUCGAUGUCUGAAGUGGUACAUGGACCGCUCGGCUGAGGUCGUCCGGCAGGACCACAUACAGGAAGCCAUGAGGGCACUGGAGUACCUGUUCAAGUUCAUCGUACAGUCUCGUAUCCUGUACUCGAGAGCGACCUGUGGGAUGGAGGAAGAGCAGUUCAGAGCAAGCAUCCAGGAGCUCUUCCAGUCGAUCCGCUUUGUCCUGAGUCUGGACAGUCGCAGCUCAGAGAACCUGGUGUUCACGCAGGCAGCGCUGUUGAACAGUUUCCCUGAUAUCUUCGAUGAGCUGCUGCAGAUGUUCACGGUUCAGGAGGUAGCCGAAUAUGUCCGGGGCACCCUGGGGAGCAUGCCCAGCACCGUGGACAUCGGCCAGUCUAUGGAUGUAGUCAAACUGCAGUCCAUCGCUCGCACAGUUGAGAGUCGACUCUUCUUCUUCCCUGAAUCCCGUAGCAUAUUGCUGCCUGUGGUCCUGCAUCACAUCCACCUGCAUCUACGCCAGCAGAGGGAGCUGCUCAUUUGCUCUGGGAUCCUGAGCAGCAUAUUUUCCAUAAUUAAGACAAGCUCCAUGCUUGUUGUUGCUUUUCAGGAAUCUUCUGUUCAGGAGGAGGUGGAGAUGAUGGUGGAGAGCUUACUGGAUGUGCUGCUGCAGACCCUGCUGUCCAUCAUGAGCAAAUCUCACUCCGUGGAGACGUCCAGAGGACAACGCUGUCCCCAGUGCACUGCUGAGAUAACGGGGGAGUAUGUUUCCUGUCUUCUCUCUCUGCUGCAACAGAUGACAGAGAUCCACUUUCACCAUCUACUCAACAACUUCCACAGCAAAGAGGAGCUGAAGGAGUUCCUGUUGAAGAUCUUCUGCGUGUUCCGCAAUCUGAUGAAACUCACUAUCUUCCCUCGAGACUGGAGUGUCAUGCGUCUUCUAACCAGUCAUAUCAUCGUGGUGACAACACAGUUCCUGUCUCCGGCGCUGCACAAGAACUUCUCAGAGGCGGAUUUUGAUUUCAAGGUGUGGAACUCCUUCUUCAGCCUCACCGUGCUGUACAUCAACCAGCCCAGUCUGCAGCUGGAGUCUCUCGGCCCAGCGAAACGGAAGAAAGUCCUCGACAAGCAUGGAGAUAUGAGGGUCAUGAUGGCGUAUGAGCUCUUCAGCAUGUGGCAAAAACUAGGCGACAACAAGCCCCACUUCAUCCCGGGAAUGAUGGGUCCUUUCCUCGGCGUUACCUUGGUGCCUCAGACCGAGGUCCGAAACAUUAUGAUCCCAAUUUUUCACGACAUGAUGGACUGGGAGCAGAGGAAAAAUGGAAACUUCAAACAGGUGGAAGCGGAGCUGAUGGAUAAGCUGGAUAGCAUGGUGUCAGAUGGGAAAGGCGAUGAUAAUCACAGAGAGCUCUUCAGCCUGUUGACCCAGCUGUUCGGUCCUUAUCCAAGCCUGUUGGAGAAGAUUGAGCAGGAGACCUGGAGAGAAACGGGAAUCUCAUUUGUCACAUCGGUCACGAGACUCGUUGAGCGAUUACUGGAUUACAGGGACUGCAUGAAAGGAGAUGAGAUGGAGAACAAGAAAAUAGGCGGUUCCGUCAACCUUAUGAACUUCUACAAAUCAGAGGUCAACAAGGAGGACAUGUACAUCCGUUACAUCCACAAGCUGUGUGACCUGCAUCUCCAAGCGGAGGACUUCACAGAGGCAGCGUUCACCCUGCUGCUGUACUGGGAGCUGCUGCAGUGGGAGGACCGGCCCCUGAGGGAUUUCCUCCACUACCCCUGUCAGAGCGAGUGGCAACGCAAGGAGAACCUAAGUCGUAAAAUCCUCCACUACUUCAACAAGGGCAAGUGCUGGGAAUAUGGGAUAUCUCUUUGCCGGGAGCUCGCUUUCCAGUACGAGACUUUAUAUGAUUAUCAGAGCCUCAGCUGGAUACGGAAAAUGGAGGCAGCGUAUUAUGACAACAUCAUCGAACAGCAGAGGAUCGAGCCGGAGUUUUUUCGCAUGGGUUUCUACGGCAGGAAGUUUCCUUUCUUCCUCAGGAAUAAGGAGUUUGUCUGCCGUGGCUAUGACUAUGAGCGACUCGAGGACUUCCAGCAAAGGAUGCUCGGGGAAUUCCCACAAGCCAUCGCCAUGCAGCAUCCCAACCAACCGGACGACACCAUCCUGCAGAGCGACGCUCAGUACUUGCAGAUCUAUGCGGUGACUCCAGUGUCAGACAUCUCUGAUGUGCCUCAGCUGGAGCGUGUGCCCGAGAGGAUCAAGAGCUUCUACCGCAUAAACAAUGUCAGCCGCUUCCACUAUGACAGGCCUUUCCACAAGGGGCCCAAGGACCGUGAGAAUGAAUUCAGGAGUCUGUGGAUUGAGAGAACAACCCUGAUCCUCUCCCGUCCUCUCCCUGGGAUCUCCCGCUGGGCCGAGGUGGAAAGAAGAGAAGUGGUGGAGGUGAGCCCUCUGGAGAAUGCCAUUUAUGUGGUGGAAAAUAAGACGCAGGAGCUGCGGACUUUGAUCAGCCAGUAUCAACACAGACAGCAUCACGGCAACAUCAACCCACUCAGCAUGUGCCUCAAUGGCGUCAUAGACGCUGCUGUGAACGGAGGCAUCGCCAGAUAUCAGGAGGCCUUCUUCGAUAAGGACUACAUCAACAGUCACCCAGAGGAUACGGAGAGGAUCACACAUCUGAAGGAUCUGAUGCAGGAACAGGUGCACAUUCUAGGAGUGGGCCUGGCUGUUCACGAGAAGCUGGUGCAUCCAGAGAUGCGUCCUCUCCACAAAAAGCUUGUAGACCAGUUCCACAUGAUGAGGACAGGUUUACACCAUUAUAUGGUUGGGUCCCAGCAGGGUCUCCCCAGCGUGGAUCGAUUUGGCCCCGCAGGCUGCCAAGGCGUCAACUCUCCAAGAGGCAUCCUGUCCUCCCACAGCCACAUGAGCCCUGAGAGCGUGCGCCUCAUACACAGACACAGCCCUCUGAACCUGCAGGGUUCGAUCCGUCACUCAUCCUCGUCCCUGUCCUCUCACACGUCGAGUGAGGCCGGGAACCUCGUCAUAAUGACCGACGGCCUGAUGGGGGAGCACCCCGAGGAGGCGUUACACAUGCAGCCGAGCCCCUCCUCGUCCAGCCUGAGCUCCAUCCGCUCCAACUCUUCCCAAAUUAUCAACUCUGCUCCCUCAAGUGCCAGAGGCUCUCCGUCUCUGCCCGACAAGGCCAAACACAACCGAGAAGUGAUGAUACUGUUGCCCUCUCAUCGUGAGAGGGCCAACAACUCCAUGUACUACAACAUGGCAGAGAAUGGACAGAACAACCACAUGCAGCGUGCCUUACUUCAACAAGUCAGUCCCUGUAAGCCUUGUGUUGACCCUCACAUGAAUCUACCAGAGAAAGUUUUUCCCAACGCGCCCAGUAGUUGGAGUCUGGAUGGGGAGAACAGAGAGCAGGUGUCCUACAUGCCAGGUUCUACCGGAGGAGUAAUUAUGCCCCCUGUCCCACCCAGGUCUUUCCCACAAGGACAUUUCCUGAUGCACUGUGAUGCGUUUCACCACCAGAACAGUGACCCUCCUCCAGCCCUGCCUGUCCGCUCGCUUCGAAAGUCUCCCCUCCAUCCGAUUCCUGGCUCCCCCACCAGUCCUCAGUCAGCCCUGGGGGGCAGUAACUCCACCCUGUCGGGCAGCGCCAGCAGCGGCGUCUCCUCUCUGAGCGAGAGUAACUUCGGAGGUCAGUAUCCCGAUCCCGGCCCCAUCAGGAAUGACGCCCUGGAGCCUCUUCCCAGUCACCUGUGGUCCCCCCCGGACGAGUACUUGGCCUCUCCUUACCUGCACAUCCACUACGGAGGACCGGAAAUCGACUCCAUGGACCCGGUGCGCCCUUUCCACUACCGCAGCCCUGCCUCGCACCCGCACACCCACCCGCACCCCCAUGCUCACGCCCACCCCGGGAUGGACAGCCACUCCCACGGGCCGCCGCCCCACCACCACGCUCCCACUCACGGCCCCCAUCACAUCCCCUACCGCAGGCCUCAGCCUCCAGCGGUGCCCCCGAAACCGUACUUGAGAGAGGGCUGCAUCCCCGAAGAGGAGCUGCCGCCCCAGCCCAUCCCGCUGCCCCGCAGGAUCUUCCACUCCCCCCACGGCCACAGGGAGGACCAGGGGAAGCACCCCUGGGAGCAGUGCAUCAGCGAGGAGCACGAGGAGACGCAGUGAUGAGGAGGCUCCUCCUUGUCCUCUUCCCUUCAUUUGCACUGAGUUAAGAGAGAAUUAACCGAGAGGGUCACACGCUCCGUGUUUUAGUUUCAGUGCACAUGAAGGAAAGACGGGAGAGAAGGAACGAAACCUCGACGAAGCUACGGUUUGAGGCACAACCACCGUCACUGCUCCGCGCGGCCUCUUAGAUAUAACUAAAAGAAAACCGUCUGCCGAACAGUGACGCAGAUUAACUUUGUUCAAAAAUUGAUAUUGAUUGUACGCAAUUGUACAACUCGUCUGUGAGCAUGUUUUUUCAUUUGAGAAUAAUAUGACAGUUUUUGUGACACGCGAGAACCGUGAUCCUAACCGACAUGGUCCCAGGUGCAGUAUGAGCUCUGAACUCCCUCAGUUUUGCUUUUCAUGUCAUUUCCACACAACACGAGGAAACUACAGAAGGAUCUUACUCACAGUCAAGUGACUUCUCUGCUUUAAACGCUUCAUAUAUAUGAAUUCUUAUUUUGAUAAAUUUGCUACAUUAUAGUGUUUUCAAAGGCUUACGUCCAUUAUUGUUUUUCAAAACACUGUUAAGUGCUCCUUAAUAGUGAAUCAUAUCAAAUGGCGCACUGUUAAUACGUGUUGCUGCCGGGCUGUCAUAAACCACAGGUCUCUAAGGUUGAACUUCUUUUUCUCGGACCAGAAUCUCAAGGGACAUGAACUGACCGAAUAAUUUCCCAUCCGUACUGCGAGUAUGGAAAACUACGUGAAUGUAUUCAGGCGAGACGUUGCGUUGCACAAAGCUGAAAACCUGGAUUUUGUUUAAGUGCUUUAAGUUCAGUCCACGUUGAACGCGUCUCUUAUUUGUCUUUGUUCGUGUGACGAAGAUAUCUCGACGGGAAUGAGAGCGUUCGGCAGACUGAGAGGAAAGUGAGGACGGUGACAGACACUGGUCCCACCUGUCAGCUUUCAUAUUCACGGUGGAUGAAGAGUGAGAACUCUCCACUUCACACCUCAGCCACCUGCUGGACACCCAGAACACACACCAACAACUCUCUAUCUCCCCCUCUCUCUAUUUCUCUCCGUCCCCUUUUUCUUUCCCUUCUCUGUACGGUUGUCAGAAUAUGUUAAGCAGCGAGUGCUUAACCUGGGCAGCUGCAGUGGCAUUGUUUUUGCGUGCGAUGACGCUGUCCAGCCCCUCCAACCCCCCACCUACAACCCCAAGGCCGGUCGGGGAGCCCACACAGACAGCGUUGGAAUCGCCUACCUGCCUUAAAGUGCACUCAAAUGCAGUUUAACCUCUCAUCCGGACUGAGAGAAGCUCAUUUUCAUUCCGUUCACUAUAUGCUAUCUGGAGAGAAAAAAAAAAAUUCAAAAAAAAUUCAAAAAACAAAAGAUAUCUACUUAGUGAUGUUUUCGUAUGGUUUCGUCCCGCUUUGGUUUCAGAUUGUUGUUUGGUUUGUAGCGCUGAUAUUUCUUCUUAUUCUGCCUGCGGCUCUUUCUCAAUCACCUUCUGUUGUUUGAAAAUCUGAUGAUGUGUUUCAGACGCACGCGGGCUGACGGGGAGGUUUGCUUUUUCCGAGGAGCAGAAGAACAAUGCUGUUUAUCUUCAUGUCGUGGGGGUCGGAAGGAUAUAGCUAAUAUUUUAUCAAUUAAUUGUUUUCCUGGUUGUUUUAUGCAGGUGGAUGCUUUGUGUUACUGUACAUCAAGUUGUCGAGCUGACUAGACAACAUCUAUUUUUGUAUGUGAGAUCAUCAGUUGUGUGAACAUAUUUCAGAAAACUGUACGAAGACGGAAAGGCCCGGGUGCUGCAGGUGCUGCUGGACCUGAGGUUUAUAGAUAUAUAAACAAGUAUGCGAGUAUUGCUCGAUGGCGCUGAGGAUGAGUGGCGACUGAAGUGAUGCUCAAAAUAUAGGUACAAUAGAAUUUUUCAAUGUAAAUUCUGUUAUUGUACAUACAGCAGUAUUGUGAAAUAUUUUUGAGAAUUAUUGCAGAGGCCCCAAAAAGGUUUAUUGUUGUUUUUGUGUAUAUACAUGUAUUCCAGAGAUCAAUGUAAUUGAUAAAUAUCUAUAAUCAGUGUUUGGAAAAGGACAAAUCCAUUAGACCGUGGCUGUCUCCACCGUUCUUGACUCUUCUCAUAUAAAUACUUUAUACACUUUUCAAUGUGCUUUCCUGUACAUAUGGUGUUAGCAUGAUCGAACAGUGUUUGGUUGUAAAAGUGGUUUUCCUACUCCCAUAACUGCUGUGGUAUGGAAUUCAUUAACAAUGCCAAACAUUAAAGACAAUCUUUUAUCA